CACACACUCACAGUCACACACACAGUCAGAGAGGAGCUCAGGGGGAGCACUGUGAGAGCUCUGACACUGAGUCAGUUCUGCACUGGGAGCCUCUGCGCCACUGCAACUCUCAGUUACGCUGAACAUUACCACACACACCAAAAAGGCUCUUGCAAUAGGGGGGAGAAAAAAAAAACACCGAACUCCCUCCCAGAUGGGAAAUCCGAAAAGCUCCUCAGUGCAUUAAAAAAAAGUUGAGGUGAACUCAGCCCCAACAGCGAACCUUACACACAGGGAAAAGCGAGAGCAGAAUGAGAGGCUGUGCACCUGCCGCAGUCUGAGCGCCGCUGCAUCAGCGCCGAGAGAGAGCCAAAGGGGUUUUGGAGCAGUAACAGAGCAGAUCAGCCUUCAGCAUGGUAACGUUGCCAGCACUAGUCCUUUUCUUGUGUUCCAUUAAGCAAGUUGCAUUGUUCAAGCCAGAAUGGCAAUCAACAAAUAUACCUGCUGUUUUGCCUCAGACAACUAUGACACUAGAGAACCCCCACUUUCAAGGUAAAGCCAAGCUGGAAGUAACAUCUCUGUGUGCAUUAGAUUGUCAUAAGAAAGUGCCGCUACCAACCUUUGAAGAUCUGAAAGAAUACCUGUCUUACGAAACUCUGUACCUGAAUGGAAGUCGAACUCUCACAAACGUGGGAAUCUAUAGAUUCGCUCAUGCUUAUUUGGUAGACAAAGGCAGAACAAGAACAAAACGGCAGAUCUAUGGCUGGGAUAACAGAUUCAGCAUUCUGGGGAAAAACUUUCUACUGAGAUAUCCUUUUUCAACUUCAGUGAAAAUAUCCACCGGUUGCACUGGGACAUUGGUAGCUGAGAAACACGUUCUGACUGCCGCCCAUUGUAUCCACGAUGGCAAGAGUUACGUGAAGGGUGCACGGAAGCUGAAAGUCGGAUUUGUCAAACCAAAGCAAAAGGAGAAUGGGAAAGGCAGAAACCAGACCACAUCAUUCUUUCCAGAAAAAAACAAAUUCCAUUGGAUACGAGUAAAGAGGACACAUGUUCCCAAGGGAUGGAUCAAAGGUUCUGCCAAUGAUAUUGGGAUGGAUUAUGACUAUGCAUUGCUCGAACUCAAAAGGGCUCACAAGAAGCCCUUUAUGAAAAUAGGUGUCACACCUCCUCGUAGGAGGUUGCCCGGAGGCAGGAUUCAUUUUUCUGGGUUUGACAAUGAUCGUCCAGGAGAUCUUGUUUAUCGUUUCUGCACGGUCGAAGAUGAAACUUAUGACCUCCUGUACCAGCAGUGUGAUGCACAGCCGGGAGCCAGUGGAUCAGGAGUAUACACCCGGAUGUGGAAAAGGCAGAAUCGGAAAUGGGAGCGGAAAGUCAUUGGAAUAUUUUCAGGUCACCAAUGGGUGGAUAAGGAUGGGGUGCAGCAGGACUACAAUGUCGCUGUUAGGAUCACUCCACUAAAGUAUGCACAGAUUUGUUUUUGGAUCAAAGGAAACUACGUGGACUGUCGAGAUGGAUGAUGCCUUUUAAAAAAAUUGCUAAGCUUUUAAAACUAUGUACCGUGCAAGCAGGUAAUUCUUGUAUUGUGAGCAGAAAUAUUCUAAUAUAAACUCGUCUUACUGUG